GCUCUGUCUGUGUGUGUCCAUCGGAGACACUUUGAUAAAAAAAAAUAAAAAAAAUCCGUAUUUACAGAAGCACGCGGAGGGCAGUGAGCAAACCAUGCCAAGCUGAUACUGGACUAACAGAGCUGACAGUGGGACUGUAUGUGAGGAUCGUCUGUUGAACCCUGAACUACCUGGAGUCUACUGAUAUUCUUCUUCGGCUUUUAUUGGAAGGUAUUUUGGCAAUGGGGAGGAAGAAGAUCCAGAUCACCCGGAUCGUGGAUGAGAGGAACCGACAGGUGACGUUCAUGAAGAGGAAGUUCGGUCUGAUGAAGAAGGCCUACGAGCUGAGCGUUCUGUGUGACUGUGAAAUCGCCCUCAUCAUCUUCAACAGCUCCAACAAGCUGUUUCAGUACGCCAGCACCGACAUGGACAAAGUCCUACUGAAAUACACCGAGUACAACGAACCCCAUGAGAGCAGAACCAACUCUGACAUUGUAGAGGCUUUGAACAAGAAGGAGCACCGAGGCUGUGACAGCCCUGAUGGUGAGGCCUCCUACGUCCUCACCCCCAAUACUGAGGAGAAAUACAAGAAAAUCAAUGAGGAAUUUGACAACAUGAUGAAGAGUCAUAAAAUCUCCACAGGCCUUCCACAGCAGAACUUCAUGCAUUUGGCACCAGGCAGCAUGCCGUACAGCCCCGGUGCAGGAGGAGGAGGAGGAGGAGGAGGAGGUGUGACUUCCCAGGCUUUAGCUGCAGCCACAGCAGCUCUGGCUGACAGCGGGAUCCUCUCGUCACAUCACACACACCUCCACAGAAACUCUCCACAAAGACCUCCCAGCACUGGAAAUACAGGUGGCCUGCAGGGCAGUUCUGAUCUGGCUCUGCAGAAUGGAUCUGGACCAGCUGUAAAUGGUUUUGUGGGUUCACCUGGUGGAAGCAGUUUGGGGAAGAUCAUACCACCCAAAUCUCCUCCUCCUCCUCUUCCACCGUCUGGGAACAGCCUGAUCCCGACCAGCCGCAAGACUGACCUCCGAGUGGUCAUCCCCCAGUCUAAAGGAAUGAUGCAAACACUGAGCAACCAGAGACUGAGCAGCAGUCAGUCCAGCCAGUCUCUGUCCACCCCAGUGGUCUCCAUCACCACACCCAGUCUGCCUCACCAAAGUCUGGUCUACUCCGGCAUCAGCUCUGCUUACAACAAUGAUUACUCCCUGAACAGUGCAGAGCUGUCGGGCUUCAGCUCCCCUGCAGGCCCGUCUCUGGGCUCCAUGGCAGCAUGGCAGCAACACCAGCUGGGCCCACUGGGGCCAGGAAGCUCCAAUCUCUCCAUCAACACCAACCACAACAUCAACAUCAAAGCCGAGCCAAUCUCCCCACCCCGUGACCACCUCAGCCAGUCCGGGUACAUGACCCAGACUCACGCCCUUCCUCAUCUUCACUCCUCCAACUCCUCAUCCACCCGAGCAGAGAUGGGGAGGUCUCCUGCAGACAGUGUCAGCUCCUCCUGCAGCUCCCACGAGGGCGGCAGUGACCGGGAGGAGCAGCAGCGGCUGGACUUCCACUCGCUCCCCAUGAUUCGGUCAGAGGGCAGGGAGAGUCCAACGGUCAAACGAAUGCGAAUGGACAGCUGGGUGACAUAGACCCUGCAGUCACAUGACAACACAACACCAGGGCAAACACAGGAAGGACACUGUUAUGCAAAUGAAAUGUGGAUUUUAUAGAUGUGUUCUGUUAUUUUUCAUUAAGUUAUCUCUGUUUUUUGUUUUGUUUUUUUUUCUUGUUGGUCAGAUUUUUGAGAAGAAUUAAACAACAUCCAUCUGGAAAUUGUGAAUCUGUCAGAAAUAUCUCAUCAACUUUCAGAAAUCUUCAGUGGUACUUACAUAAACAUAAACAUUAGAUGCAGUGCUUUUGAAAUAUAUAUUAUUUUAAGCAUCACAGACUGAAAACGUGGGUCCAAUUGCAGUACAGUCUGUCAUUUUCUUAUCCAGUGCGACACGGUACUGUACACAGAAGAAUGGAAAAAAGUGAGUUCAGCGUUGUUUAUGAUCUGGGUGGUAAAACAGGGAAGUGCUUAUAUGGAUGUCUCCCACUGGGUGUCACCCAAUUCAUUUCUGAUCUUCUCAGGGUUUGAAACAUUGAGUCCAGCAUGAAGGCAAUACUCCCUCCACACCAUCAACCCCGUAAAUCCUCUUUACAAAAACAGUUAUUUAUAUCAGCCAAAGCAGUAUGCUGUUUUUUAUGUUGUUUGUGAGUGUUUUUAUAUUGUGCACAGAAUAAGACAAUAUUUCAUUCAGAUUUAAAACUGAAAGCCAUGAACACUUGUUCUGUAUGUACUAUCUUUAUUGAUUUGUAUAUAGUGUCUUUAAUAUAUAUCACUUUUUGGUGUAAUUAUAUACUGUAUUGUUAUUGUUAUUCGGACUGUUGUAUCUGUCUGGGUGAAAAACACCUCCACCAGAUUUUACAAAAGUAUAUUUUAGUGGAUGAUUGCCAUAUUUGCAAGGCAUUGUCUUUUCUUCUCUCAUCAAGUGUCUGUUGGAUAAAUCUGUUUUGUGAAGUUUGCCAUGCUGCACUCUCUUGAAAGCACAUCUUCAAAAUAUAGUGAAAGGUAAAUGCACUCUAGAAAAUUAGUUAAAGAAAUCAAGCUCCUCAGAAACUUAUUUUACAAUAGAGGCCCACUGUAAACCUAGACCAGGAUGAUGAAGAAACAAGGAAAAAGUCAGACCGUCAUACAUGUGCCUGAUGGCCUCAGCAGGGCUAAAACUGAUAAGGCCAGAGUACAUCAGAUCAUAUGAGAUGAGAUUUAUUCUGUAUAAUUAAUUGCAGAAAGAAACGUAUGUGUCACAUUAACCACAGAAAAAUAAGUUGUUGAAGUGACCAUCACUCGUGUGCAUGAGGUGACUUCCCCUCAUGUGUAUUCAAAGGCGCAAUGUCGAAAUUAAACUUAAAGAAUCAGAUAAUGAAAUUUGAGCAGAAAUUCAUGCUGGACUAAUAAUG